CUCGUCAUAUAUAUUAGAGAGAAUGGUUGGAGCAGCCAGGCAUACAGCAAACCACCUAAGAAAGGAUUUGUCUGGGGAAAAAACUUUAUCCAACAAGACAUGGCUCAUCUGACGAUCUCAGCUGGAUUCAUACUUCUGAUAUGUCUUCAAGCUGUUUCCUCCACCAAACUGGUGUGCUACUUUACCAGUUGGUCCCAGUAUAGAACAGGAGAUGGCAAUUACACAACUGGCAACAUAGAUCCAAACCUCUGCACACAUCUGAUCUAUGCCUUCUCAGUAAUCAACUCCUCUAACCAGCUGUCUACUUUCCAUUGUGAUGAAGAGAACCUCUAUAAAUCCUUUAAUGCUGUCAAGAGCAGAAACCCAGAGCUGAAGACUCUGUUAGCUGUUGGUGGGGCUAGCUUUGGAACAUCACGAUUCAGCCUUAUGGCCUCAUCUUCAGCCAGCCGUCAAGUCUUCAUCCAGUCUACCAUAGCAUUUCUGAGACAGCAUGGCUUUGAUGGACUGGAUCUGGACUGGGAGUACCCUGGAUCACGAGGAAGCCCACCUCAGGACAAGCAAAGGUUCACAUUGCUCUGCAAGGAAUUCCUGGCUGCCUUUGAAAAGGAGGCUGCUGAUACCAAUAGGCCAAGAUUGCUGCUCACAGCUGCAGUGGCGGCUGGAAAGAGUUUUAUUGACAAUGGCUAUGAGAUUGCAGAAGUUACAAAGUAUCUAGAUUUUAUUUUCGUCAUGACCUAUGAUUUCUAUGGAGCCUGGUAUUCAUUCACUGGCCACAACAGCCCUCUGUAUACCCGAGCUGGCCUGUUUGGUGACCAUGUCUUCUUAAAUACUGACUAUGCCAUGAAGUACUGGAGAGACCAAGGAGCUCCUUCAGAGAAGCUGCUGGUUGGUUUUCCCACAUAUGGGCGCACAUUUCGCUUAUCAACCGCAGCUACUGGUGUUGGAGCACCGGCCAACGGGCCUGGCUCUGCUGGGCUCUACACCAAAGAAGCGGGAAUUUUGGCUUAUCAUGAGGUUUGCACUUUCCUUAAUGGAGCCACCACACACUGGAUUGAAGAGCAGAAGGUACCCUAUGCAGUCAAAGGCAAUGAGUGGGUGGGAUUUGACAACAAACAGAGCUUUGAAAUCAAGGCACAGUAUGUAAAAGAUAACCAAUAUGGGGGGGCAUUUGUUUGGUCUCUGGAUAUGGAUGAUUUUACUGGACGUGCCUGUGGUGAGGGAAGCAAUCCCCUCAUUAGUCAUCUCCGCUCUCUUCUGGUAGCAGAUUCAACAACAACACCCCCUGCAACAACACUGGCAACAACUGUUACCACAAACCAGCCCAGCACCACUACAACAUCUGCAACAACAACUACUGCAAGAGUAACACCAGCCAUUACCACAAACCGGCCCAGCACCACUACAUCUGCUACGACAACUACUGCCAAAGUAACAACAGCAGUUACCACAAACCAGCCCAGCACCACUACAUCUGCUACCACAACUACUGCCAAAGUAACAACAGCAGUUACCACAAACCAGCCCAGCACCACUACAACAUCUGCUACAACAACUACUACCAAAGCUACCACAACUGCUUCUGGGGGUGAAUUUUCCUGUGUUGGAAUGCCUGAUGGUAAUUAUGUAAAUCCCAAUGAUAGUAGUAAUUUCUAUCAGUGUGUCAAUGGAAACACUUUUGUGCAAGGUUGUCCGGGUGGUCUGGUUUAUAAAACUAGUUGCAAUUGCUGUGAUUGGCCCUAAACAUCUCAUGCCUCAAACAAGGCACCAUGUCUGGGCUGUACAGCAUUACCAGGGGCAUUUGGUCUGAAGUGAAUAAUGUUACAAAGACAAUUGUAUAAAAAAAACAUUAUUAGAUUUGAAUAUAUUACAUAAUUAUAUAUUUUAUAAUAAUAUUUGUGAAGAUAUUUGGAAGCCAUAAUUAGGACUAUACGGGUUAAUUUGUAGAGAACAUGUAAAAAAGGAUAAUUUUUAUUUGUUUGAAACUGGUAUGAUUUAAUAUGAGGUAACUUAUAGUACUGUAUGAUUGUAAGAAAUUUAAUUUGGUUUGAUGCAUCUUACAUUGUAUGUAUUUAGUUUUUGUUUUUUGAAAUCUCCGUUCAGCAAAAUCACAUAUAUGUAAUGUUUUUGCUGCACGGCUGGGUGAUAUUCUGGGUUUACAUUUUGGUAGGCAAUGGACAUCAAUGGAUCUUGAUCCAUUUGUUUACUAAAGUCAAAGCUCAGGAAGGGCUCAUUUUUGUGGAGGAAAGGUCACUUUUCUUAUCAGGCUAAACACAAAGUUAAAUACUAGUUUUGAGCAAUGUUGUGUGGGUUGUACAUUUUUCAUAGGUUUAAAACCCACUGAAAAAAGCUGAGAAGGUUACUUUAAAGCAUGUGUACUUAAAUAAUUUUCUGAUUUUGCUGUAUUUAUAUUACAUAUAGUCUCAAUACGAUUUGGGAUCAUGGACCCCAGUUCCAGAUAAUUCGGAAGAAAAUGGAUGGAACGAUGGAUAGUCUCAAUGUAACAGUAGUGUAGAUUUUGUUUAUUUAAAAUGAAUAUCAUACUUAAUAGAAGGAAACAUUAACAUGUUUACACAAUUUUGUAAAUGUUUAACAUUAAAAGUAAAUGCAAGAUUCUGUUCAUGGUCUCAUUUUUAUUGUUCAUUUGCAAAUUCAUAUCGUUAACACCACCAGAUCCAAAUCAUAUUUACUACUCAUUAAACUCAUGUCAUGGAAUAAUGUUACUGCCAUGACCGCAAACUGUGAUAUUAAUGUAACUGCCACUGCUGCUGCUAUGAUACACUCUACCUCAAUAAGACUCCUUCAUUACAUGCAAUAAAUCAUCUGUGAAUGUAUGAAUUUACAGAGUAUCUUGUGCUAAUAUUUUUACUCUCUUAUUUCUCAUUUUAUAGGUUUAUCUUUGUUCAAUUCA